CUUCUCAAAGCUCAAAGCUUUUCUCUUUUUUCUUGCUCAGCUACACCCUAAUAUUUACCCAACACGCCACGUGGACUAUAAAUGAGGUCGUCGUCCUCGUCCUAAAAAAAAAAAUUAGGGUUUUCAUGCUUUUAUACUCAGAGCUACUAUUAACAAAAGGCUUCACCUUUUUUGGGGCCAAAGACUUCACCUUUAACAAAACCCAGAAAAACCCAGCUAGGAUUUCGAUGCAGAAAGGUGGGUUGGACUCCGAUGGCCGGGAAUUCAAGACCGCCGAGGAGAUGUGGAGGGAGCAGGUCGGAGAUGAGAGCAAGAAGACGGAUUGGUACCGUGAAGGCGUUGGCUACUGGGAAGGUGUGGAGGCUUCGAAUGAUGGAGUGUUGGGUGGAUUUGGGCAUGUGAGUGAGACUGACAUAAGGGAUAGUGAAGCUUUUCUUAAUGGGAUUAUAUCUGAGGUUUUGCCCAAUGCUGCUAAUGGCCAACGCCACCUUGUUGCUCUUGAUUGUGGUUCUGGCAUUGGGAGGAUCACAAAAAAUCUUCUCAUAAGAUACUUCAAUGAGGUUGAUCUUCUGGAGCCUGUGUCACAUUUUUUAGAAACUGCUCGGGAGAGUUUGGCUCCUGAAAAUCAGAUGGUCUCUGAUAUGCACAAAGCCACUAAUUUUUUCUGCGUGCCUCUUCAGGAAUUCACACCAGAAGCAGGAAGAUAUGAUAUUAUAUGGGUUCAGUGGUGUAUUGGGCAUCUCACAGAUGAUGACUUUGUGUCAUUCUUUACAAGAGCAAAGGUUGGAUUAAAACCAGGUGGUUUAUUUGUCCUUAAGGAAAAUAUCGCUAGAACCGGAGGAUUCGUGUUAGACAAAGAAGAUCGGAGCAUCACGAGGUCUGAUUCGUACUUUAAGGAGCUCUUCCGUCAGUGUGGACUUCAUCUUUACAAAAUAAAGGAUCAAAAGGGAUGGCCUCAGGAAUUGUUUGCAGUGAAAAUGUAUGCAUUAACCACCGAAUUACCUAAGAAGGUCCAUCAGACUAGAUCUAAGGUGCAAGCCAAUAUACCAGCAAUCAUCAAGUGAGGAGUUUCCUCUUUGACUUGCUAAUGAUUAUAAUUUCCUUGCCAGAUAUUGUAACAUGCCAUUAUUUUUUGCACCUGCAUGUGCUACCUUAAGUAUGUAAGAACCAGAUUGUAUUCAGCUACAAAUUCUGUACUUUAUGUGCUUGAUGAUGUACAUUGUUUCUUUUUUAUUGUAUAUAACGUACUAGUAGUGAUGCGAUUAUAUGUCCUCCCUUA